AUGGAAAAGCUGGAUCGACCAGAGCAAGAGUGGCUGAGACUCUUGAUUCUUCCGAGGAGCCUAGUAUCUAUUGGAAUUAAAUCGGCCGUCAAGUCGCUAGAGAUCCUAUCAGACGAAGGAAUAAUUCUUGAGACCUUCCUACCAUUCGAUCUGGAAUUCACUUUCUCUGCUGCACUUUACCUGACAAUAGCACAUGCAGUAUUUCAAUUUGACAAUGAAGAACAACACCACACAGAAACAGCUCAUCGCAUAUUUGAACAGCUGGUCUCGGGAGGUAACCGAGUCGCAGAAGUUCGAAUAGCAGAGCUUACCCACAUGCAGUUUUUGUUCCAAGAGUUUUCCAAAAGAAUCGAGCAGCAAGGGGCUCAAAGUCUGACACUGUCCAAUGCACCAGAAAAGAGUGUUAGUUCCGGAAUGGAUAUUGUCGAGGAGCAAGGGAAUCCCGCGGCUUUGGAAUGGUCUACUGCAUCAGAAGAAGACUCGGAAUCGUUCAGCUUAACGCAAGAUCCACUAGCUCAAGGGCCCUAUUGUCUCGAGGCUAUUGGAAUUUCAUCCAACGAAUUCCUUGCCAUCGUGGACCAGAUAAGCGCCCACGAUAUUGCCCAUGGGAUAUUGGACCCGCAGCCGGAGUGCCAGAUUGCGAUCCAAAACUUUAUAUAA